ACCAUCACUGCAACCAUGAGCAGCGAGGCGGAGACCCAGCAGCCGCCGGCAGCCCCCGCCCUCAGCUCCGCCCACACCACGCCCGGCACUACCGGCAGCGGCGCAGGGAACGGUGUCCCAGGCGGCCUCACAUCGGCGCCUGCCGGCGGGGACAAGAAAGUCAUCGCAACGAAGGUUUUGGGAACAGUAAAAUGGUUCAAUGUAAGGAACAGAUAUGGUUUCAUCAACAGGAAUGACACCAAGGAAGAUGUAUUUGUACCCCAGACUGCCAUAAAGAAUAACCCCAGGAAGUACCUUUGCAGUGUAGGAGAUGGGGAGACUGUGGAGUUUGAUGUUGUUGAAGGAGAAAAGGGUGCGGAGGCAGCACAUGUUACAGGUCCUGGUGGUGUUCCAGUUCAAGGCAGUAAAUAUGCAGCAGACUAUAACAAUUAUAGACGCUAUCGUCGUAGGGGUCCUCCACGCAAUUACCAGCAAAAUUACCAGAACAGUGGGAGUGGGGAAAAGAACGAGGGAUCGCAGAGUGCUCCCGAAGGCCAGGCCCAACAACGCUGGCCCUACCGCAGGCAAAUGUUCCCACCUGAUUCCAUGCGGAGACCCUGUGGGCGUCAACCACAGUAUUCCAACCCUCCUGUGCAGGGAGAAGUGAUGGGGGGUGCUGACAACCAGGGUGCAGGAGAACGAGGUAGACCAGUGAGGCAGAAUAUGUAUCGGGGAUAUAGACCACGGUUCCACAGGGGCCCUCCUCGCCAAAGACAGCCUAGAGAGGACGGCAAUGAAGAGGAUAAAGAAAAUCAAGGAGGUGACACACAAGGUCAGCAGCCACCUCAACGUCGGUACCUCCGCAACUUCAAUUACCGACGCAGACAGCCAGAAAACCCUAAACCACAAGAUGGCAAAGAGCCAAAAGCAGCAGAUCUACCAGUUGAGAAUUCGUCCGCUCCCGAGGCUGAGCAGGGCGGGCUGAGUAAAUGCCGGCUUACCAUCUCUACCAACAUACAGUUUAGUCAUCCAACAAGAAGAAAUACGAAAUUCUAGCAAUAAGAAACAAACAAAAGAUUGGAGCUGAAGACCUGAAGUGCUUGCUUUUUGCCCGUUGACCA